AUGUCUGACAACGGACGCAAGGACUGGAGCACCAAGGCCAAGGAGGAGCUCACUCCCGACUCCGCCAAGUCCACCCAGCAGAAGAUGAAGGAGGGCGCCACUGAUAUUGGUGACCGCUUCGCUCGUGGCAUCCAGCCCGACGACCAGAAGUCUGGCACGCAGGAGGCCUUCGACAAGGGUCAACGUAUGCAUGACAACAAGGCCCACGGUGGUACCGACAAGUCGAUCCUCGACAAGGCCAAGGACGCCAUUGGUCUCGGUGACCACUAA